AUGACCUCGCAGUCGAGUAUCACAAUUCCCCCGGGACAGUCGCCCCCCUUCGCCGUCGUGACCCCCGACGAUCAUGAGGCGUAUAUCUUGAUCUCGACGGCCUUCGGCCUGGCCUGUAUCCUGUUCUUUGCCGGCAUCAGAACAGUCGUUCGCACCACCAUCAGCCACGGCAUCGGGACCGACGACUAUCUCUUCUAUGCGGCCACCGCCUUAGCCAUCAUCCAGUCGUCGGUCAUCCUGGCAGCAUGCUCCAAGGGGCUGGGCAAGGCACUGCAUCUGGUGCCGCUGGAAUCGCAGAAUGAGGUCCAAAAGAUGUAUUACACCAGCAAUUUGUUCUUUAUCGUCGUCAUCGGCCUGGCCAAGAUCUCGCUCGUCUCCUUCCUCCACCGCAUCUCGCGCAUGAAGCAACACAGGCUGGUCUUUAACAUCGCUAUGGGAGUCCUGGGGGUUUGGACCGUGGGCGCUUUCCUGGCCGUGGCCUUUCAAUGCAAUCUCUCCCAUGCGUGGUUGACCGUUGGUGAGAAGUGUCCGGGAAUUCUUCGACGGUGGCAAGUCAUUGGUGCACUCGACAUCGUGACUGAAGUCGCCAUUAUCGCCCUGGUCGGCUACCUGGUCUACGACCUGCAGACAUCAGUAUCGAGCAAAAUGACGGUACUGUCAAUCUUUGGUAUCCGCCUGUUCCUCGUCAUCUUCAUCGCCUUCCGACUGCACACUUUCGACCAAAGCGCCUAUACCACGAACCCUCUACUCCGUGAAUCCAGCUUCGUCGCUUGGACCCAAAGCGAGAUGAGCUACUCGCUGGUGUCGGCCACUGUGCCCAUCUUCCACAACUUCCUCAAGAGCUUGAGCACCGGGUUCGGCGGCAUGCAUGCCACCAGCAACGGAUACGGCUACGGGUAUGGGUACGGCAGCGGCAACCGCAGCCAUGGCCAGCACUCCAAGGGGUUCCAGCUGUCCACUCUGAGGUCCAAGAACAAGAGCGCCGCGAUGCCCUCCGUCAACGACGACCAGGACGGAUAUUACGGCGGCCACCCGAAGGCGUUGACGGCCGAACAGCUCGCUGGAGGGCCUACAGCGUCCACCACGGUGCAGUGGUCCGGCGCCAGAGCCUCCAGGGGAGAAGCCGCCAGGAACAGUAUCAACAGCGACGAGAGCCAACGGUAUAUGAUCCGCAAGGAUGUCCAGUGGGAAGUGAGGACUGAAAUGAGGGAAUGA